AUGGCGUCAGCCUUGCCCUCGCUCAAACACCUAGGCACUCUCCCCUACACCACCCCCGCCAGCCGCCUCCGCACCCUCGACAUCUGGCUCCCCGCGUCCCCAGAAACGGCACCUUCACUCUGGCUCAUCUACCUCCACGGCGGCGCCUGGCACGACCCGCUCCAAGACUCGACCUGCAUCCACCCCCUCCUCACCCACCUCAGCAGCACGCACGCCUCGACGCUACCCCAACUCGCCGGCAUCGCAAGCCUCAACUACCGCCUCUCGCCCUACCCCGCGCACCCCACGCACCCCAGCUCCCCCUCUGACCCGGAUCGCUCUGCAAAGCACCCUACACAUGUCCGCGACGUAGCCGCCGCUCUACGCUUUCUCGCGCAGAACCAUGGCAUGAAGCGCUGGAUCGGCGUCGGCCAUUCCUGUGGCGCAACAAUGCUCGCGCAGCUGGUUUCGGGCAUAGGCGCCGACACUGGUGUCGCAGAGCCACUUGCGGGACCAGAGGCGUUGGUGUUGCUCGAGGGCAUAUACAACAUACCGCUUCUGCUGCGGAACCACUCGCCGCCCACGUGUCCGGUGCAUAUUUCAGAUAUAUACCGGUCCUUCGUCGCCGACGCAUUCGGGGCGGACGCAGACGAGAAGGCCUUGUUGGAAGUAUCGCCCGUGUCGGGAAAAUACAAUAUUGAGCAGUGGCCCCAAGGAAGGUUGCUGCUUAUUUGCCAUAGCUACGAGGAUGAGCUUGUGGAGCGGGCGCAGCGCGAUGUCAUGUGUGUGGCGCUGGAUCGGCAGGGGUGGAGUAUAGUCAUGGAGGCUGGCGAUGAAGAGGAUGAGGUCAGGGCCGAGGGACGCAGAGUGCUUAAUGUGAGGGAUUUGAAGGGUGGCCAUGAUGAGAUUUGGGAGGAUGGGAGACAGAUUGCUACCUUGAUUGCCGAGGUGGUGCAACGGUUAACCUGA